AUGAUGAUUAUUAUUUUUAUACCAUUAUUAUGCCUUAAUGUUAACUACAUCGAAGCGGCAGACAUUAAAGUCCGUCUUGAAGACGUAAAAACGAUUACUUUAUAUCGGGGGGAGUUGACAGCAGGGCGAAGGAAUGAUCCAAUUGAGCAAUUGCGUUGUGUCGGAGGCGAUUCAUGUCAUAUGUAUACGCCAGAUGUAAUACAAUGCACCAACACAGGCUCCGAUGGAUUAGAUGUGAAUUGGAAAUGUAAUGCUGAACUUCCUGACUAUCUGAAAUUUGGACCUUUGACAGUCAGUUGUGAAGGCUAUAGUUAUCCUGAUGAUCCUUACAUUCUACAAGACUCAUUUGAUCAAUAUUCAUCACAAUCAGGAAAUACACGUCAAAAUUUUUGGACAGGGUUAGGGUUGGGUGCACUUGGAGGGUAUUUCAUGGGUAGGAAUAGUGGAUCACAACGACCCAGAUCUGGAACUACUGUUUUCACAUCACCUUCAUCUAGUAGAUCUUCAUCUAGUAGAUCUUCUAAUAUGACUAAUUCUCAAGGUUUUGGCAGAACUAGAAGACGAUAA